AUGAGACCGCUUUUGAUAGCUCUGUUCAUUUGGAACUUGGUGCUGGUCCUGAGAACUUGCGAUUGCCGAUCAAUGGGACAGCGUUGGAGCCGAGUUCGCAAGGUAAUCCUGAGUUCAAGUCAUGGAGUCCAUCAGGUCGAGACAGCCACACAACUGGACCCUGGAAGUAACAUCGUCUUUCCGCAGCGGCCUAUGACCAGGCCCGCGUGCAAAAAGACAGUGAUCUUCAAUCGACCGGGUAGUUUACGAGAACAGCAGAGGAACCGAGGUCAUCUCGAAGGAAGAAGACUAAGAAAAGUCAAGGUAGUAAAGAAAUAUCCGGGUCCGAAGCUUUUCAUCCCAACAUCGCCCUCCCAGAAACAAGAGUUCGGUCAUAUAAAACACUCCCAUCCAACAGAAGAAGUCUUUCGGCUUCAGCCAGGAGCGUCGCCGGGUCAAAAGCUCUUCUUCAAAUCAACGCAACAUACUCGCCCUGAGUUCAGACAAAUUGUGUUUCUUAGUGGCGCGCACUCUCGGACUCCCGACUACGGAAGUGGCUGGGGUCGUGCAAUGAAUGACGUCACAAUCGUGCAUAAUCAACGCAAGUACACGCUCAACACCAGAAGCAAAGCGAAGCUCAAGGGCUUCCCCGGUCUCGUUGUGCAUGUCAAGAAGAUGCGGUGA